CGGGAGGCACCGGGUGGUCCGCGGGCAACGAGGGAGCUUCGGGAGGGCCCAGGCCGCGCACCCGGCGGGAUCCUGCCAGGGCGGGCAGGCCCGCCCCUCUGCUCCCGUUCGGCGCUGUCUGGGCUGGACCGCCCGGUUCAUUCAUUCCCGGCCCAGGGACUCUUAGUUCGGCUCCUUCCGAGCCUUGGCGCAAAGUCCCGGCUGAUGCCCAGCCGCCCUCGAGCGCUCACGGCCCAGCGCCCCUUCCCCUCCAUUGUACAGACUGGAAAAACUGAGGAGGCGACCACGGCGGCUGACCAGCCUUCCAGAGCCACUCUGCGGCCACCUUCCGUGCUCAGUGCAGAGCGCCGGACUGGGCGGUGGGGGUGGGGGCGGCUUCGCGGCCCGGGCAGAGUCCAGCGGGCAGCAGGGAGGACGAGGGCUGGCUGACUGCUUGGGCAGAGGGGCCGGGCUGCCAGCCUGGGGGUCCGGCUGUCAGCCUGGCUGCCGCUGACAGUGUGACCACGGGCGGAUUCCCUCACCUCUCGGACCCUGGUGUCUGCCCAAGGCCAGUAGCAACACCCGCCUCAUCCAGAUGUGGGUGAAAUUCAGGAAAGUCAUGCAGAGCGUGGCACGCAGCGGGCGCUCAGUUAGAGCCAGAUGCGCCCAGAGGUGCGCUCAAGGGGCCAGACUCCCCACAAAAGGAGGCCCCCUCCGAGACUGUCCCUACCGGGCCAGUGCGAUGGCUGAGGAGGUGCUGGUGACGGGUGGAGCCGGCUACAUCGGCAGCCACACAGUGCUAGAGCUGCUGGAGGCAGGCUACUCGCCCGUGGUCAUCGACAACUUCCACAAUGCCAUCCGCGGAGGGGGCGCCAUGCCCGAGAGCCUGCGGCGGGUCCAGGAGCUGACGGGCCGCAAGGUGGAGUUUGAGGAGAUGGACAUCUUGGACCAGGCGGCCCUACAGCGUCUCUUCCAGAAGCACAGCUUUGUGGCCGUCAUCCACUUUGCGGGGCUCAAGGCCGUGGGCGAGUCGGUGCAGAAGCCCCUGGAUUAUUACAGAGUCAACCUGACUGGGACCAUCCAGCUUCUGGAGAUCAUGAGGACCCACGGGGUGAAGAACCUGGUGUUCAGCAGCUCAGCCACCGUGUACGGGAACCCCCAGUACCUACCUCUGGACGAGGCCCACCCCACAGGGGGCUGUACCAACCCCUACGGCAAGUCCAAGUUCUUCAUCGAGGAGAUGAUCCAGGACCUGUGCCGGGCAGACAAGGCCUGGAACGCAGUGUUGCUGCGCUAUUUCAACCCCACGGGAGCCCACGCCUCUGGCUGCAUUGGCGAAGAUCCCCAGGGCAUCCCCAACAACCUCAUGCCCUACGUCUCCCAGGUGGCGAUCGGGCGUCGGGAGGCCCUGAAUGUCUUUGGCAAUGACUAUGACACAGAGGAUGGCACAGGCGUCCGGGAUUAUAUCCACGUGGUGGAUCUGGCCAAGGGCCACAUCGCAGCCCUGAAGAAGCUGAAGGAGCAGUGUGGCUGCCGGAUCUACAACCUGGGCACGGGCACAGGCUACUCGGUGCUGCAGAUGGUCCAAGCCAUGGAAAAGGCCUCUGGGAAGAAGAUCCCAUAUAAGGUGGUGGCCCGGCGGGAAGGCGAUGUGGCUGUCUGUUACGCCAACCCCAGCCUGGCCCACGAAGAGCUGGGCUGGACGGCAGCCUUAGGGCUGGAUAGGAUGUGUGAAGAUCUAUGGCGCUGGCAGAAGCAAAAUCCUUCGGGCUUUGGCGCACAGGCCUGAGGACCCCCCACCUCUCCAUGGACCAGAUAGGAGAAUGAGAAGCAGCCGCCCUGCGCUCCAGCCUCUGGCAGGAAGCCAAGCCCCAGAGCGUCUGGGGCCAAGCCAAGGCCUCCCCUACCUCAAACCCCAGCUGGGCCGGCUCAGCCCACCAGGAAGGAGGCCGUGGGCUCCACUGACCAGGAGCCGGGCCUCUCUCCACUCUAUCUUCCACAGGGUCCAGCAACUCCCAGGACCAGCAAGAGCAGGGAGGGAGGCUCUGGGACCAAACGCCGCCUCCCCCCAGGCACUAAUUUAUACUGCUACAAAGGAGCUCUCCGAAGUGUUGAAAAUAAACGUUUCUUACACUGGG